UUCCUUAAACAUACCACUCACCUUCCCUAGGCUCCCAACUGACACCAUGACCAGAGCACCAUCCAGGUACAGUGAAGGAGCAGGGAUUCAAGUUCAUGUAGAUGAUAUCUGGUAUAUAGGAUGCUACAAUCAGAGCUCGCUCAAUUUCCAGGAAAAUGGAUACAAGCCAUUGCAUUCUGACAAGGGAGAUUUAACUGCUUGUUUCAAAUUUUGUCUGCAGAACAACUUUCAACUAACCGUUCGAAUAGACAAAAUAGAUUGCGUGUGUGCCAACAUGAGUAUACUGGAGGGAUCUGAAAAUGGCUCAGUUAUUUCCUCUAUUACAAAAAUGAAUGGAACAUGGAACAAUGCAGAAAGUGAAUGUGCACCUAGGUGCACAGAACCUACAUGUACGCCAUAUGGGGAUGGAAAAGGAAUGCUUGCUAUUUUCACCACUGCUGGUCCUUAUAUAAGUAAUGUGAACAUGAGUCUUUACAAUGACCAAGUGCAAAAAGGACCAGAUAUAAAUGUCACGUUUUCCAAUCAAGCCAUUAACAAUAUAACAGUAACUUCUUGGAAUCAAACCAGAAUGCAAAAAGCCUGGACAGUUGGUGAUGUUUUGCCAAGAAAGAAAUCUAUAUAUAUCUAUACCAAUGGGACAGUUUUCUCAACAGAAACAUCCAUUACAUUUAUAGCAAUGAUUGAUGAGCCUGGACCUAUGGACUUUAUCUGGCAGUUUGGAGACAGAUCGCCUGAAAGAACAGUGCGAAGAAGUCUAUUUAAAAGAUUCACUAUACCAAACAGAUACAAUGUUAUAGUUAAAGCUUCAAAUCAGUUUACCUCCUUUACAUCUGAUGUCCACACUAUAUAUGUGCAGAAAAAAGUGAUUCCGAAUCGCCUGGUGGCCAGUUCCUCUGUACUGAUAAACUCUAGUGUGAGUUUUAACUGUAGAAUAAAUUCUGGAACAAAUGCUAGUUAUUUUUGGAAUUUUGGAGAUGGUGUAGAAAGACUGGGAAAUAAUAAUGAUACACAUGUAUAUACAAGAGAAGGAGAGUACACGGUGAAUGUUUCAAUCUUUAACAAUGUUAGUUCUGCAUCCUUGACCAAGCAAAUAUUUGUUGUGAAAGAGAAUUGUCAUCCUCCACCAGUAAAAAAAUUGGGACCACUGAAAAUACAGAUUAGGAGAUACGAAGAACUACAUCUUGGAGUGACAUUUGAAGCAGCAAUACUAUGCAAUAUUUCUCAAGGACUGUAUUACUAUUGGACCUUUUUGAAAUACGAUGGCACUGUUAUUCCUUUACCACCUCAUAUUGACAAUAAAAAGCAAACGAUUACAUUGCCAGCAUUUUCCCUAGAUUAUGGGAACUAUACAGCACUAUCUCGGGUUCAAAUAGUUGGAAAUGUGGUUUACAGCAAUUACACGGUGCCAGUGGAAGUUCAGCCCAGUGAUCCAGUCAGCGUGAUUGCAAAUGGGCAUCAUUUUUUCAUCGAUAAAACCACCGUUGAAUAUUUUACAUUAAAUGGGACACCAUCUUUUGACCCAGAUAAUCCUGGAGCUCAUUUAAGGUUCCAUUGGAGCUGUACUGCAAUGUCUAUUCAUGAGUAUUCAUGCUUUGACUCAAGUGUGUCAAAUUUGCUUCAUAGCACUGAUGCUGUUAUGACCUUCCCAAUGGCUUGGCUCAAUGACAGAUGUGAUCAGUUUCAUUUCACUUUAAUUGUGUCUAAUGGAGAUCGCAAAUCUUCAAGUGCUGAAACAUUUUUAUCUAUCAGUUACAACACAAACUUUAGGUCAAUUGAAAUGACAUGUAUAGAAUGUAGAGGGCUUUUUAUUAACUGGAACCAACAGUUUUCAGUGAAGGCUGUUUGUGCAGACUGCAGUGACCCAAGUGAUAUAUCGUAUCAAUGGAAUCUAUACUUGAUCAAUGGAACAGAAACCAGCACACCAGACAUUCCAUUUUGUCGAUUGAAAGAAAGUAUGGGAGCUCCAAGUGCACUUAGUGAAAACGUACUCGAAAAUAAAACAUCUACAACAGUGCCGACCUUACAGAUUACAUUAAGUACAGUUUACCCUACAUCUGUUGAUGCAGAAAAGCAAGUUACAGAACAUUUGCUUGAAUCAACUUAUUUACCAAAAAUUACAUUUGGUAAUACAGAAAGCACGGAAUCAGUACAUGAUAUGUACAUGAUGAAGAUCUCAGAAUCAAAUCUUGAUCUUCUAGAGGAAGGAUCUUCAGGCGGUAGAGAUAUCAUGGGCCGAGGGUCAACAAUGCAUAAGUCAAGUGAUUCAGGUCUAAAUGACAAAGAACUGGAUACUUAUGAUAUGAGUGGCUUCAUAAGUGGAGAUGGAGAAGGAGGGAAUCUAUUAAGAAAUGAUACCAAAGAUCAGACACCUAAUGAUUUUGACACACAUUUAUUUGGUAAUAUUGUGGAAGGUAUUGGAGGUUCUGGAACAAGGACUGAAAGUGAAUUAGGUGACUUUGAUCUUACACAUGGCUUUUCAGAUGGAGAUACUGCUACAAAUACUGGUGAUAACUUUGUGGAUCUGACAGAUACAACACCACAUAUUUUACCUAUGGUUCACUGGUUAAAACUGCCAAUUGGUCCUGAAAUAUUUAGCAGCUAUACUACUUCAGGUAUUUCUUCUCAGACCAUUACAGUCAAACCCUUUCUUUUGAAGCCUAGCAAGAUGUAUAUGCUGGAUGUCACUUUGGAAUCACGUGGAUACAAGCUUGGAAAGUCACAACUAUACUUUACAGUAAGCGAAAUGUCACGCAAAAUGACUUGUCAGGUUCAACCCAAAAGUGGUAUUGAGGUGUUCACCAUUUUUAGCAUCUUCUGCACAUCAGGAAAAGAGGACCUUAACUAUGAAUUCAGUUACCAAGUAGGGAAGUUAUCAAGAAAGUCUCUGUAUAAAGGAAGAGACAUUCAAUAUUAUUUUAAUUUGCCUUCCGGCGAUCCAUCUGGUGGAUAUCAAGUUACUGUUUUUACACAAAUAACAAAUAUUUAUGGAUCGCAAACACAACCCUGCCCAGUAAAUGUGACUGUGCUACCCAUUGUCUUCCACAACACGUCUAGUAACCCGCAGCCACAACUUAAACUAUUUAAAGAGAGCUUGAGAAAUCUUUCUACACUUAUGUUAAUGGGAAAUCACAUUGAGGUUCGAAACUACGUCGUGUUGUUAACUACAGUCCUUAAUCGGCUUAAUACAGAGGAUGGUAAAAAGGCUUUUGAGCAACAGUCGCAAAUUAGAAACAAACUUAUUUUCAUUGUUCAAGGCUUAUCUUUUAGUAACCAGAACGAACUAAAUGAUAUUAUAUCAAUGCUGAGAGAUCUCUUUAAUGCUACAAACCAGGUAACAGCUGAGAGCGCCACUCUUAUUAUUAACUAUACGCAAUCAAUAGUCAAAGAGACAUUUGAUUACACAGAGAUUGGAAGAAACAUAAUACAGAAGAAACUGGUAGAAAAUAUCAUUUUGUUGAUAUCUAGUGCUCUGGAGGUAUAUUCCAGAUGGCCUGAACUAAAAACAGUAUUUGAGGAUGGAGUAGAAUGUAUAAGUAAUUUGAUAUUGAAAUACCUUAUUUUAAAUAAUGAACAACAUUUUGCUGUUAGCACAAAUUUCUUGGAACUUCAGACCUUCGUGCAUGAAAAUAUACAUAAUAAUAUCCAAAAGAUUGGUUCCUCAACAUUUUACUUGCCAAAAAUAUUGGAUAAUGAGACAAAAAGACAGAAUACUAGUUCAAAAUGUUUCAUUAGCCAGCUGAAGUCUUUUAAGAAAAAUCCUUACAUUUGGGCCAAAUCAUCUUCUGAGGUUAAUGGUGAAUUCACAAGCCUUAGUCUUUUUGACUGCUCAACUAGAAAAAAACUGAGUGCUCGAGAUAUUAUAACGCCAGUCACCAUAGAAAGUGAUAACCAAAAUCAGAAUGGAAGUUUUCAAAAUACUCAAUACAAUUUAUUCCGGGACAAAAUACAUUUCCACCAGUUGAGUUUGAUUCCUAAGAACAAACAGUCGGCGCUGAAGAUAACAGUUAGCUUCUCUAAACCCAAAACUAGGACUUUUCCUGUACUGCUUCUAAUAAGGCAUUCUAAGAAACCCUCUCCAUCUAGCUUUAAUAUAAUGCAAAUCCACAAUAGAGAACAACUUUCAUCUCAGAUAUUUAUUCCUGUGGAUUCCUUAAGAGAUGCAGAAUAUACCUACAUGGCAUUGAUGGAUGCAGACUACAAAAGGCAUCCCAAAAAUAAAUACAUUUCCAAUAUGAUGAAUUAUACAGUAGAUGUGCAGUGGAUACAAUGCCUUCAUUGGCAUGAUAAACAAUGGAAUUCAGGAAACUGUUCUCCUCAGAAAGGGACCACAGCGACUGGGUUUACUUGCAGCUGUACUCGUCUAGGUAUGUAUACCACUGCUAAUAGACAAGUGUCAUCAUCCCAUUUUAACGUGGAAGAUAUCUCCCAGUUUUUAAGCUCAAAUAAAAAUCUGGUCCCAUCCAUCAUUCUUGUAAUUUGCACUCUGCUUUACAUUUUACUGAUGUUUUUCGGUAAAUUUAAGGACCAACAUGAAGAUCAAAAAGAUGGUUUUGUGUUUCUUCAGGAUAAUUCUCCAAAUGACCAGCAGCAAUAUGCUGUUAUGGUUGAUGUAGGUUUCCGAUCUAGACCAAAAUCUACAGCUAAGGUCCAUAUUAUUUUACAUGGUGAGGAUGGUGUUUCUGAAACCCGUGUGCUGUUCUGUCCAGACAAGCCUUUGUUUGAAAGAAAUUCACGACAUACAUUUAUAAUGAGUGUACCAGAAAGUCUUGGACCAUUGUGGAAGAUUCACAUUUGGCAUAACAACAGUGGUUACUCCCCAAGCUUGUACCUUAGUCAUGUGAUUGUCAAAGACCUGCAGACUGGAACCAGCUGGUUUUUCUAUGCUGAAUGUUGGCUGGCCAUUGAUGAGGGAGACGGGAAAGUUGAGCGUGAAUUGACGUGUGUAGGACAUGGAUUGGGAUUUAGAAGGCUUUUCUACAGCAAAUUCACUGAAUAUUUAGAGGAUUUCCACUUCUGGGGCUCAGUCUUUAGUCAGCCAUCUUACAGCUGGUUUUCUUAUACACAACGAAUAACAACAUGUUUUGUCUUAUUAUUGGGAUACAUGUGCUUGAAUGUUUUACUUAUUCACUGGGAAGAAGAACAGUAUACUGUUGAGGUCGGCCUCAUUGAAAUCUCUACCAUUUCUAUGACGUGUGGACUGAAAGUUACUCUGGCCGUGUAUCCUGUUGUAGUAUUAUUAUCUCUUCUGUUUCGAUUUAGUCAGAAAAAAUUCACCAAAGAUUCUGGAGACGGCCGAUUUAAAGUUGUAAAAGGCUCUCAAAUAGAUGCUACUGAAGGGCAUCAGCAUUCUGUAUUUGCAGCAGAUACCAUGUUUGAAUCCAAUCUGACAUGGCAGCAUUUCCAGUACUGGGCAUAUGAUGCUUGGAAAAAGAAAUAUGAGAGGGAUUUUACUACUUCAAGUAUUUACUUUGGAAAUGGGAGCAGGAGGUACAAGAAUCAAUGCCCAUCUGUUUCUACUCAAAGCUCAAGUGGAUUUGAAGACUGUAGUUCCAUUAAUGGUGGAAAAACUGUUCUAAAAGAAUUUAAGGAUUGUGAAAAUAACUCAUGUUCUCAGUACUCAUCAGAUCACAGCUUGUUUGAAAAUUCUGUCCUUCACGGAAACAAGGUUUUGCCUUCAUGGUGUGUCUAUGUGGCUUGGGCCAUUUGUGUUACGUUCAGCCUGAUUUGUGCCACCAUAAUUGUAGCAUUUGGUUUCAGGUUUGGUCCCACAAAAUGUCUGCUUUGGUUACAUGCAGUGUUUUUCUCACUGAUCUACUGUAUAUGUAUCGUUCAGCCAGCUUUGAUUUUAUUCAUUGCACUGUUUGUAGCAUGGAAUAAAAGAGGUAAAACCGAUUUCUUUCUGCAAGCAUUAAAUGAAGAUGUGAAGUACAUUGUUGGUGAGCCAUGUGUGCCUUUGGAGAAUAUAACAGCCUACUCUAGACAGAGCAGUCAUGAAACACCAACCUUUGAAAAGAUUCUUGCUGCCCGGAAAAGAGCUCGAUAUUUACGCUUGGCUCGCCCACCUACUCCAGCACAACUUAAAGUAACCAGAGACAAAUUUAGAAGAAAAACUAUUAUUGGAAAAAUAUUAAGGGAACUGGCUGUGUAUGUUUUUAUGGUCGCUUUGUUAACUUUUAUCAUUAUUGGAAAGUAUUCCCACAAUGAAUAUUAUGUAAACCAUGCAGUGAGAAAUGAAUUUACAAGAAAUGCUAGACAGCCAUUUAGUGAAAUCAAAACAGAGGGGCAUUGGUGGAACUAUUGCUUUAAUGUCUUACUUGACGGUCUGUACUGGAAUAAAUUGUAUAACGAAGAACCUUCACACGGCCAGAUUGGACCAAUUGAAGGGAAAUUUAAUAUAAUUGGAGCUCCAGUCAUGAGACGAUUAAACAUUGCAAAUCAUUCGACUUGUAUGAUUCCUUCAUUUUCAGCAUCAGACUUUCUCAACUGUGCUUUUCCUCAUCCAUCAGUGGAUUCCAAAGAUAAACCUAGUACCUGGAGGAUCCAGGAUGAAAUGUUUUACCAGUGUGCCAAGAUUCAGUGCCAUGAUGAAAAAGACUCAGUUAUAAAUCUGGGCAGAUCAAGGACUGCUGCCCACACUGCCCUAUGGAACAUAAGGAACCAACAGUGGAUAGAAAGACGAACAAGAGCAGUUGUUGUACAAUUUCUUCUUUAUAACCCUCCCACAAAUCUGUUCACCAUGGUGUCUCUGCUCACAGAAAUACAUGUUUCAGGGGAUAUUAUCACUUCACCUCAUAUAGAUUCCGUAAGGAUCUACCGGAUCACCACGCUUAUGGAUUACUUUACUAUGACAUUUGAGUUGAUAUACCUUGGAAUGGUACUUACCUAUUUUUAUGUACAAUUGAAUAGUAUGAUUCAGAGGGGUGUCAGAAGCUACUGGCAGGAAGCAUGGAAUUGGGUAGAGGCUUUUAUAAUUGCACUUAGUUUGUGUUACUACAUCUGUCAAAUCUACCAUUGCAUGCUUACUGUGGAUAUAAUGGAUCAUCUUCAAAAAGGAUUUUUUACAGUAUUUAUACAUUUCAGCUUAAUUGCUACUGUAGAAAAGUGGACUCGUUCUUUACAUGGGAUGAUUUUAUUUUUAAUGAUAAUUAAAUUUAUAAAACUUAUUCGCUUUUACAAAAUGAUGGCUCCUUGUGUGACAGUAUUUCAUCAUUCCUGCUCCAGUUCAGCAUUCACAUUGCUCAUUGGAGUAGUCUUCACCUUGGCCUAUUCUGCACUAGGACACCUCAUAUUUUCCACUGAAAGCUAUUUAUUUAGCAGUCCACUAAAUUCAAUCCAGACUAUUUUUAUAUAUUUACUAGGGGCUCGUUGUACCAAGCAUAUCCAAUAUUUACAAAAUCAAAUUAAAUCUAAUCACAUUUCAACAAUCUGUUUUUAUGGAGCACUGUUUAUCACAGCUAGAGUUUUAUGGACUGGAAUGCUCAAAGGAGUUCUCACUUCUGUAGCCAAAUGCUCAAAGAAGGCACAACGCAGCAAGCAUCAUGUGACACUCAAACAACUUGCAUCUCAUGCUGGACGACUGGUGCUUUCAAUAGUUGGUCGACAAAGACAAAAGAACACAGAUAAUAUAUGUGUAACUGGAAGUAAUUACUACUUGGAUGAAUUUGAGGACCUGAUAGAUGAGCUUCUGUUUCGACUUAAUGCCAUAUCAAACAGCCUCCAUCACUCCCUUCCCACAAAGUCGCAGUGUUACACAGAAGAAGAGGGAGACGCAAAUUACCUUGACACUAGCUCUGAUUUUUCAUUCAGGCAAACAAUGAUGGAGACUGAAGAAUGCACGGCAGAUGGAAAACUGAAGGUGGACUCUGUUACUGUGCAGAGGGAAAUGCAUUGUGCCUGUUCUGAUGUACCUGGGGAAAAUAUAAACAGCCUGCCACAGCAACAAGACUUGGAGAUUGCCGACAGAGAUGGCUACAGUAUUCCACAGGAUGUUUUCUCAAACCCCAAUGCUUCUGAAGACACUCAGAACCAUGCAAUAAAUAAUAAAAAUUCCAUUCUUAAGACAGAAGAUGAACAAGGAAUCUCAGUUAGAAAUGGCAAAUAUUGCUUAGAUAGUUAUCAACAUGGAUAUGCUCCAAAGUAUCUGAUAACUGACGAGAAAGCCCUUUUGCCCCCCGUUUUGUAUAUGCCCCCAUGUGAGAACACUGUUGACCUCGAUUACAGUAAAACAGACAGUAGAACCCACUGCAUUUCAGCUAACAUACAAAACAAAAAUCGUAGACCUCUCAGGCGUUCUCAUACCAUAGUAAUGGAACCUCUGCAAAGCAACACUACAUUUCUGUCGAAGAAAACUAAUGGGCAUGGAAACACGGCCUUAGAGAACCUUAACAAUGCCAGAGACUUAGAACAACAUCAGGGCAAUAUUUUUCAACAAACUUUUUGUGAUAUCAUAAAUGUAAAGGAAAGCACACAGAUUUAUAUAGGAACAGUGAUACAUACACCUCAGCAGAUAUCAACCAUAAAAACUUUGAUCCAAAGGGAUAAUAAAACUACAGACAACACAAAUACGAGUCCUUCUACUGUGAAACAAUGCUGGUAGUAUCAAUAGUGAUCUCCAGAUGACAUUUUCUAUCUAUAUUUACAUGCUUUCACUCUGUUUUUGUGGUGUAAAUUUGUGGCACUGUUUCUCAGAUGCUGUUUAGACUUUUCAUUGCGACUUUUGCUUUAGAUGUUUUUUGUUUUUUUUAAUUGCAGAACUAUGUCAUAGUCUGGGUAACUUUUUGCAGUGGUCUAGAAUUUAUCAUGUGUGAUUUUGCACAGUUUGUGCAAAGCGCUUAAUUGGGCACUGUCAUCAACUUUUUUUUAGUACUACAACAUAUCUCUAAUAUAUUUUCAUUAUUUUUUUUUAUUAAUAUAUUGUAAUUUUCGUUUGAAAACCGGCUGCAGCCCGGCGUGAAGUCACGCCUGAAUUCUGACCGAUGCCGGACGGGCAAUCAGUCUGAAUUCAUUCAGCCUACGCUCGCUCCCUGCCUGUCAAUCAGACAGGUGGGAGCGAGCGCUGAGAGCGCAUUGGCUCCCUGGCCUCACACGCCCACCCGCCCCGCCUUCAGACUUCUACAUGCCGCUGCUGCUGCUCUGCACGC